UGCACCCGGAGCCCCGCUGAAGCGGCCGCGGAGAGCCGGCGCGGGAGCCGAGAUGUGUCUGCGCCUGGGUGGUCUGAGUGUGGGUGACUUCCGGAAGGUGCUGAUGAAGACAGGACUGGUGCUGGUAGUGCUGGGCCACGGGAGCUUCAUUGCAGCGGCUCUGCUGCAUGGCACCGUUCUGCGCUACGUGGCUGCCCCGCACGACGCCGUGGCUCUACAGUACUGCAUGGUCAACAUCCUUUCUGUCAUUUCUGCCAUCGUGGUCAUCACCUCAGGCAUUGCUGCCAUUGUGUUGUCGCGCUACCUCCCCAACACCCCCCUGCGCUGGACAGUGUUUAGCUCCAGUGUGGCCUGUGCCCUUCUCUCUCUGACCUGUGCCCUGGGGCUCUUGGCCUCGAUCGCCGUGACCUUUGCCACCCAAGGCCGGGCACUGCUGGCUGCCUGCACUUUUGGAAGCCCCGAACUGCUGGUAUUGGUGCCCGACUGUCCCUUCGACCCCACACGCAUUUAUAGCUCCAGCCUGUGCCUCUGGGGCAUCGCACUAGUGCUCUGUGUGGCAGAGAGCGUGUUUGCUGUGCGCUGCGCCCAGCUCACCCACCAGCUGCUGGAACUGAGGCCCUGGUGGGGGAAAAGCAGCCACCACAUGAUGCAGGAGAGCCCAGAGCCGGUGGAGGGCAGUGACCUGCUGAGCUGCACCAGCUCUGAGCCGCUGACCCUCUGAGAGCUGAUGCCACAUCAGGCCCUGUGACCACUGGGGCCCCACAACCAGGUCUGUACUGUGACCAGGCCAGGAUUCCUGGAACAGCCCUGAGAGGUUUCAUUGGUCACUCAGGGACGUGGGCAGAGCUUCCGACCCCCUCCCUCAGCUACCCAGCCCAGUGCACUGAAAUGAGACUUUAUUCUGAAGUUAUUAAAAAGAACAGAGAUGUUCUA